GUGUGUGUGUGUGUGUGUGGUGUGCGUGGUGUGUGUUCUAGUCAUUGGAAAAGCUUCCUGCGGCAUCUACGGAAGCUGCAAAACUCGCCUGCAACAUCAGUCACAAUAGAUUCAAAAACAUCUUCCCCUAUGAUCACAGCAGGGUCCAGUUGAAGGGAAAUCCAGCAGAGAAGGGCUCUGACUACAUCAAUGCUUCAUUCAUUGAUGGGUAUCCAGAGAAGAAGAAAGCUUACAUUGCCUCACAAGGCCCAACGGAGCUGACAGCCAACAGAUUCUGGGAGAUGGUGUGGGACUAUCAGAUCCCUACCAUCGUCAUGCUCACUCGCUGUUUUGAGGACGGCAAGGAGAAAUGCAUGCAGUAUUGGCCAGAUCAGACCAACACUUCAGUUACACGUGGAAAGUUUGACAUCACUGUGACCUCAUUGGUGCCCUCUGCUGAGUAUCAGAUCAGAAAGAUGCAGCUCAAAUCAAAGUCUGACCCAGAACAUGAGAGGACUGUCACCCACAUGCUUUACACAGCCUGGCCUGACCAUGGAGUCCCACGCAACGCCAUGUCCCUCAUCUCCUUCAUCCAUCGCGUCCGGAGGGAGCACCCGGUCUCCCUGACCACGCCCCUCCUGGUCCACUGCAGUGCCGGGGUGGGGAGGACCGGUACUUUCAUCCUCCUGGACGUGGCUAUGCAGCAGAUGAAGCGGGAGGGGACACUGAGUGUCUUCCAACGCCUCAAGAAUAUGAGGACUCAGAGAAUGAAGCUGGUUCAGACCCAGGCUCAGUACGUCUUCAUCCAUGAUUCCCUCAGUGAACUAGUGGUGUGUGGAGAAACCGAUGUGGCCGCUGGUAAUAUCAGGAUCAGGAUGAUGCAGCUACAGAAACCAGUACCUGGUGACCCGUCUGGUCUCAUUGGCUUCCAGAAACAGUUUGAGACCCUGGAGGAAGUUAGCUCUCAGUGCGAGGCCUCUUACCAGGAGGCAAAGGCCAAGUACAAUGCAGGGAAAAACAGGUUCCCUGACAAGCUACCGAAUGAGUUGGGUCGUGUGAGGCUGAGGUUUGGUCCCAAACCUGGCUCCGACUAUAUCAAUGCAUCCUUCAUUGAUGGGUAUAAACAGCGGAAGGCCUACAUAGCCACCCAGGGACCAAUGGAAGGGACAGUGGCUGAUCUAUGGAGGAUGAUCUGGGAACACAACUGCAGCUGCAUCGUCAUGCUCUGUCAGACACAGGAGAAGGGACAAGUGAGCAGUCAUUGUUUCUGGCCAGAAGGGGAGAAAGAAGAGGCGGUGUACGGGAAGCUAAGGGUGGGGGUGAAGAGAGUGAGCCAUCACGGUGACAUCAUUGAGAGGAAGCUGGAAGUGGAGGACACGGAGGGGAGGGGAGGGGUUCAGAAGACUGUGAGUCUCAUGCAGCUGAGUAGCUGGCCUCCCGGAGAGCUACCUCACCCCACGGCCAUCUUGUCUCUGGUGGACCUGCUCACUAAGGCACAGAGGGGCAGCCCCGGCAGACACACUGUCAUCAUGUGCAGUGAUGGAGUAGGAAGGACGGGGACGUUCAUCUGUAUCCACUCACAACUGGAGAGACUCAAGACUGAGGGUGUGGUCGAUUUCUUCCAGGCUGCAAAAUCCGCUCGCAUCCAACGAGCAGCCCUCGUCCCAGAUGCUGCUCACUAUGCCUUCUGCCACGACGUGGUCGCCACCUACAUGGACAGUUUUGAGACUUAUGCCAACUUCAAAGAAGUUGUGUAACCAACAAAGAUAAUAACCCGCAAAAAUCACUUCAUCGUAGUUUAGUCGUAGUGAAAAAAACAGCCACCAUUAGUUUUUUGUACUCUAGUUUGAUUGUGAAAUGAAGUAAAGUUUUUCGCCCGUAUAAAAAGUUCACGUGCACGUGAGGUCAAAGGUGUAGAGCUACACACACGUGGGCGCGGGCCGAGAAUGGGUCGACAUGCUAGGAGGCUCCAGCGUGUUCGCGGGGCGGUCAGAAAACAGGCCGCGGAUGACAAAGAGGACGACCCGACACAACGCGAUCAAAGCCUGGUCAACAUACACGAAGACAAUUUCUUCCGGGACGAGAUAGAUGAUUUCCACGACGCCAAAGAAAGAUUGCUACUCGAAGGUGAUAGUGGCAGUUCUGAGGAUGAUGGAUUGAGUGUUGACGAAGAAGAGGUGCUUGGAUUGAGCGAGGAAGAGGAAGAUGAAGAGGAAAGCGAGGAGGAGGAAGAGUUUAAGCUGCCACCUGCCCUACAGAGGCAGUUUCUUGCCAGCGAUGAUGAGGAACCUUCAGAAAAACAUCAAACAGAAGUAUCGGACAAGGCGUGGGGGCGGAAGAAGAAAACAUUCUAUGCAGUCGAAGGUGAGGAUGAGUUGAGUGGGUCGGAAGGCUCGGAGAUGGCGGCAGAGUUGGAGGAGAAGGAGCCAUUGCUCUGCAGCAGAGAAUGACCGCUGCCAUCAGCGAGGCAGAUUUCAUGGCUCCAACCCUACCUGAAGACGAUGGGGAGCAGGAAGAUGGAGUAGAGAAGGAGGAACAUGUGGCGCAGGAUUUCUCAAAGAUGUCACGAGAAGACAAGUUGGCACUGCUAGAGAAGGAUUCCCCAGAGCUAUUCGAUCUUCUGGAGGACUUUGACUUCAACAUGUCAGAGACAGUGGAACUGCUCCGAUUCCAGUCCAGAGUGGCCAAAGACUCGCCUACCUUUACUGACGAGGCAAGUUCAUCCAUCUAGCACUUGCUCCAGAAAUUCGGGUAUUGUUUUUUUUCUUUGCAGGGAAGAGAAUAUUUGGACUGCAAGCUGCAUCUCGAUCUUUUGUAUUGCAUGAACAUAAUGUUCUACCUCUACCUGAAAGCGUCGGGUCUGCCUGUCAAAUCUCACCCAGUCAUCCAGCGCAUAGUUCAAAUUAAAAAGAUCGAGGCUCUUUUAUCCUCUCUGAAUUCUGAAACACCAGAGGAAAAUCCAGCUAUGGACCAAUAUUCAGCCGUGGAAGAUGGUGUUAGUAAAAGUCAAGAAAGAGAAAACAAGGAGUGAGAGAAACGGAAAUUGAAACCGAGAUCAAAUCCGUGAAGAAGAAAAGUGGCAAAAUUUCUGGGGCGAGUGUCCCAGUCUGGUUUAGUUGAAGAGGAUCCACUAGAUUACUAUGACAGGGUUUUGGAAGAGAAGAAGAGAAAGAGAGAGCAGAGAAUGGAGAGAAGAAGAAAGGAAGAGGCGGAGGGAGAGAAGGAAGCUGACCUUGAUGAGGGAGAAGAUGGAAAAAGAGCCGUCACUUACCAGGUUUAACAGGUUUAAUAGUCACACUCUCAGGGAUUUUUUGCUUUUUUCUCUUUGACUUAAGGAUUUUAUCUUGUUGAUGGGAUUUUUCUCUUGUUGACUUAACUUUUGUUGUCCAGAUUUCUCGCAAUAGAGGGCUGAUUCCACAGAGGAAGAAAGAGCUGAGAAAUCCUCGAGUGAAGCAUAGGAACAAGUUCAGAAAGGCCUUGAUCAAGCAUAAGGGCCAGGUGCGUGAGGUAAUGAAGGAGCUCCAUCGCUACGGAGGUGAAUCCUCUGGCAUCAGAGCCAACGUCUCACACAGCAUCAAAAUCAAAUGAACCAACUUUACUCAUGUCAUAAAACACUUUCAU